GGACCACAACUACUCACACAGGAUGUUUCCCAAAGAGCACACAUCCAGGACAGCGAUGAGCACGAAGCAUCAGGCCACAUGUGUGCAUGCAGUGCGGGGCAGGCGCAGGAUGAAGGCCAACGACAGGGAGCGUCACCGGAUGCACAACCUCAACUCUGCCCUGAACACACUGAGAAACAUUCUACCAGCUGUGCCGGACGACGCCAAGCUGACCAAGAUCGAAACGCUGCGAUUCGCCCACAACUACAUCUGGGCUCUGACAGAGACUCUGCGCAUGUGCGAGCAACAUACAGCAACACACUUCCUUCCUGUGUUGAACCGGGCUGACACACCUGCUGCAGAGGAGUGCUCUACAACAGCUGACCAGAUUUGUCGUUCACUCACCUUUUACCCUAAGUCGCUCUACAGUGAAAAGGAGCUCACUUGGUAAUGACUUUCAAAAGUUGAUCUAUAGUAACUAACAUUCAUGCCAUCACAGGUAAACAUUUCAGGCAACUGAUUUAAACAAAUAUUUAUUUGGCGUGUUUUUGGAAUAUAUUGGUCUAUUGAAUAAAAACGGUAGAAAAAGUUGUGGGUAAAAGAGCGUCCCUUGUUCCCAGGUUUAAAAAUAGUAUUCUCCACAAAUACCCAAAGACAGUGAGUGGUUCUUUUCUAAUGAAUACUGCACCCAGUGGCACAACAUGGCUGGAAUAUAAACAAAUGCUUUCCCUAUUGUGGAGCUCAAAGUUCAAAUGUGCAAAUAAACAUUGUGUCCAGUGCGAGUGGCCCGCACAGAAGAGCGCAAAGGAAAAAACAAAACAAAGAGAAGCUAAGUGUGGGAUUGUGCCCGCUUGUCCUUUAACUGUGUGCAGUCCAAGGCUUGGUUGGUGAAGCUUUAUUUGGGGAAGACUGUGACCACGUCGUAGCCUUCAGGCGGGGUCAUUCUCUCGCGUGCGUGCUUCUCGCAGUAAAUCUGCUCCUCCACAAAGAAAUGUCCCUUCUGUUUCAGGUUGAUGUCGCAGUCGGUGCAAGUGAAACAGUCCGGGUGCCGGAACUUGUCACGCAGCUUCACCAACUUCC